AUGUUUAUGCCAUCAGGUUGGAGGCUGCCCAUGUUUUGUUCCUCCAACCUGAAUGUGGCUCCAUCUUGACAGUAGAGGAGUCCAUGGAUAGACAUAUCAGAAUGGGACUGGGACGUGGAAUUAAAAUGUGUGGCCACUGCGAGAUCCUGCUUUCUCUGUCGGACCGAGCGUAGGUGUUCAGCGAAACGGUCUCCCAGUCUGCGUCGGGUCUCACCAAUAUAUAAAAGGCUACACCGGGAGGACCGAAAACAGUAUACUACACCAGCUGUCCUGACGAAGGAUCUCGGCCCGAAACGUCGACAGUGCUUCUCCCUACAGAUGCUUCCUGGCCUGCUGUGUUCCACCAGCAUUGUGUGUGUGUUGUGUGAUUCCCCUAGUCUGCAGCGCGCGUAGUGGACAAUCGCGGUACUGCAGGGGAUCAGCAGCUUCCGGAACGCGGAAGCAUUCUGAAUAAGGAAGUGCUGGAGUUAACAUGGCUUCGAAAGGAGAGACCGACAGUUUGAGCGAGGAGGUAAUUUGUCCCGUCUGUCUGGAUUUCUUCACCGAUCCGGUGUCACUGGAGUGCGGACACAACUUCUGUCGCUCUUGUAUCACACGGUGUUGGGAAAGGGAGGAGAGAAACUCCUGCCCGGAAUGUAGAGAGGAGUUUGCAGACCGCACCCUCAGGGCCAGUCGGGCCUUAGCAAAUCUGGCUGAAAAAUUUCGAAAUCUAAACCUGAAUCCGAAAGGGAAGGAAAGUAAACGUCACUGCGAGGAACAUGAGGAAGAAUUGAAGCUGUUUUGCGAAACGGACAAAACACCGAUCUGUGUGAUCUGUGCAGUGGCGGAGGAACACAGAGAGCACCGCUUCAGGCCGAUUAAAGAAGCUGUUAAAAACUAUAUGGAUCAGCUAAAAUCUUCCUUAGACUCUCUCACAAAAAAGAAAUCAGACUUCCAGGAAAAGGAGCAGCAACAGAAAGAGAAGAUUUCCGGAGUUCAGGAACAGUCACACAGCCUUCAGUCCCACGUCACAUCCCAGUUUGCUGAACUGCGCCAGAUUAUCACUGAGAAAGAGCAGAGCUUACUCAGGGAUCUCAGGGAAGAAGAGAAGAGGAUUCUCAACCAAAUGGAGAAAAAUCUUCGGGAGAUUCAGGAGAAUAUAAGGAGUAUUCAGGAGGAAAUCACUAAGUUAAAGGAACAGAUGGAUCAGAAAGACAGUGUGAUAUUUCUCAAGGAGGAAGCUCGUCGGAACAGAAGGAUUAAUGACAAUGUCCAGGAAUUGUCAGUGACAGAUGAGACCCUACCGGUUGAAAAAUUCGAUCACCUCUAUUUGUUGAACACAGUGCUGAGAGAAACGCUUGAUGCUAUUAAUCGAGUCUCUGUCACCCUGGAUGUGGAAACGGCGAAUCCGUAUCUCGAGGUGUCUGAGGAUCGGAACAGUGUGAGAUGGACCCGGACCUGGAGGGAUCUCCCUGACACCGGGAAGAGAUUCACAGACUGGGCUUGUGUGCUGGGAUCGGAGGGAUUCACAUCGGGGAGACAUUACUGGGAGGUGAAUGUGACGAGGAAUCAGUUCUGGUUUCUGGGAGUCGCAGCAGAGUCUGUGAAGAGAAAGAGACCGGUCAGACUGAGUCCUGAGACCGGAUUGUGGGUCAUCGGGCGGUAUUGUGACGUGUUACAUCGGGAUUGUGACGUGACCCGUGGUCUCCCCUCCCCCAAGUCCCAUCUCGCUGCCGGUCCCAUCCCCGGGAGGGUGGGAAUUUAUCUCAGUUACGAGUACGGGACAGUUUCAUUUUACAACGCGGAGACCAAGUCCCAUCUCCACACCUUCACUGGGAAUAAAUUCACGGGGAAACUUUAUCCUCUGUUCCGGACUGUGGAUGUAAACCAGUGGCUGAGAAUCUGCUCCGGUUCCUCUCCGGGUCUAUAAACGGGUCGGGUCCCGGAACCUGCGUCAGGAGUAAAGUCCCUGUAAAUAUAAAUGUGCGGAGAGUGCAGCUAAAUACGUGGCUAAGGAGAUGGUGCAGGAGGGAGGGUUUCAUGUUUCUGGUCAAUUGGGCUUUGUUCCCGGGAAGGUGGGGUCGUUCCGACAGGACGGUUUGCCCCUAAACUGGGCCGGGGGGGGGGGGAAUAACAUUCUUGCGAGUAGAUUUGCCAGUGCUGCUCCGGGGAAUUUAAUCUAGAUUUGCAGAGGGAGGGGAACCAGAGUGUUAGAGCAGUUAGUGAGGUGCAGGAGGAUAAGGAACAUGAGAGGACUACAUGUAUAAACGGAAAUGAAAAGAAAAGCAGAUGAUAUACAUAUUCUCAGGUACAUCUAUUUCAAUGCACGGAGUAUUGUCGUAAAACAGAUGAGUUUAGGGCUUGGGUUGACACGUGGGAUAACGUCAUUACUGCUAUUACUGAGGGGCAGAACUGGCAGCUUAAUGUUCUGGUAAAAUUGGAGAACGGCCAAUUUUGUGGAAAUGAAAAAGGAUCUAGGAAGAGUGGAUUGGGAUAAGUUUUUUUUCUGGCAAGGAUGUGUUCAGUAAGUUCACAGGCAUAAGAAAUUAAAUAGAGAUUGGGUUGGAAAUGUUAUAGCAACUUUAUUCAAAUAGACAUAAAACAGAUGGAGAUUUAAUACAACUUUAUUAAAACGUCAAGAUUUUUGUG